AUGUCGGCGCAGGGGGAUUGCGAGUUCCUGGUGAAGCGGGCCCGGGACCUGGUGCAGGGGGACCUAUGGGCGGCCAAGGCCUGGCUCAUCACGGCGCGGAGCCUCUACCCGGCCGACUUCAACAUCCAGUAUGAAAUGUACACUAUUGAGAGGAAUGCUGAGCGGACAGCAUCAGCUGGCAGACUGUUAUAUGACAUGUUUGUGAAUUUUCCAGACCAGCCAGUGGUGUGGAGGGAGAUUAAUGUUAUUACAUCAGCAUUAAGGAAUGACUCACAGGAUAAGCAGACUCAGUUCUUAAGAGGUUUAUUUGAGACCCUUCCUGGUCGAGUUCAGUGUGAAAUGUUACUAAAGGCCACAGAGCAGUGUUUCAAUACACUAGAAAGGGCAGAAAUGCUACUGCUGCUUCUACGACGCUUCCCAGAGACUGUGGUGCAGCAUGGGGUGGGCCUAGGAGAAACGUUAUUAGAGGCUGAAAAUAUUGAGGACCAAGAAUCCCCGGUCAAUUGUUUUAGGAAAUUAUUUGUUUGUGAUGUUCUUCCUCUAAUCAUUAACAACCCUGAUGUUCGACUACCUGCCAGCUUGCUGUACAAGUACUUGAACAAGGCAGCAGAAUUUUAUAUUAAUUAUGUAACUAGAUCUACACAAAUGGAAAACCAGUAUCAAGGUUCACAAGAUACCUCUGAUCUCAUGUCCCCCAGUAAACGUAGCUCUCAGAAGUAUGUAAUAGAGGGUCUGACUGAGAAAUCAUCCCAGAUUACAGACCCUUGGGAGAGGCUGUUUAAGAUACUGUCUGUUGUGGGAAUGAGAUGUGAAUGGCAGAUGGAUAAAGGAAGAAGAAGUUUUGGUGAUAUUUUACACAGAAUGAAAGACCUCUGCAGAUACAUCAGUAAUUUUGAUAACGAAGCCCAUGCUAAGUAUAAGAAUCAAGUAGUGUAUUCCACAAUGUUGGUCUUCUUUAAGAACGCAUUCCAGUAUGUCAGCAGCAUCCAGCCAUCUCUCUUCCAAGGGCCAAAUGCUCCAAACCAAGUUCCACUGGUUCUCCUUGAAGAUGUGUCCGGUGUCUAUGGCGAUACAGAUCUUGAUCGCAACAAGCACAUACAUAAAAAGAGGAAACUUGCAGAAGGAAGAGAGAAGACCAUGCAGAGUUCGGAUGAUGAAGACCCUUCUGGGAAGGGGAGAAGUCGUCACAUCACAAUAAAUAAGACUGACCUUGCAAACUCUGUUGAAGUACUAGAGAGCUUUAAACUGGCAAGAGAGAGCUGGGAGCUUCUCUAUUCUCUGGAAUCACUCGAUAAAGAAUUCACAAGAAUUUGCUUGUCAUGGAAGACAGAUACCUGGCUUUGGUUACGAAUCUUCCUCACAGAUAUGAUCAUUUACCAGGGUCAGUAUAAAAAAGCAGUUACCAGCCUACAUCACGUAGCAGCUCUCCAGGGAUCUCAUUCUCAGCAGCAGCUCACAGGACAAGGAUCCCUACUAGAGAAUCAGCGAGCACUUAUCCAGUUAGCUACUUGCCACUUCGCCCUUGGAGAAUACAGAUUGACAUGUGAAAAAGUACUUGACCUCAUGUGCUACAUGGUACUUCCCAUACAAGAAGGGGGUAAAACACAAGAGGAGCAGCCUAAAGUGAAGUCUAAAUUCAGGAAAGGUUCUGAUCUAAAACUUUGGCCAUGUACCAGUAAAGCUAUUAUGCCAUAUUGCCUCCAUUUAUUGUUGGCUUGUUUUAAGCUGAGAGCUUUCACAGAUAACAGGGAUGAUAUGGCUUUGGGUCACGUGAUCGUUUUGCUUCAGCAUGAAUGGCCAAGGGGGGAGAACUUGUUCCUGAAAGCCAUCAACAAAAUCUGUCAGCAGGGAAACUUCCAGUAUGAGAAUUUUUUCAACUAUGUUACAAAUAUUGAUAUGCUGGAAGAAUUUGCCUAUUUAAGAACACAAGAAGGAGGGAAGAUUCAUCUGGAGUUGCUGCCAAAUCAAGGAAUGUUAAUCAAGACUUCUAGCCCUCCCAUGGGGUUACUGCAGCAGGAGUUCAUACCUGUACUACAGCCCAGCAUACAGACUGCUGACAGGCAUCACACAGUAACCCGGGGAAUAACUAAAGGGGUGAAAGAGGAUUUCCGCUUGGCUAUGGAGCGCCAAGUCUCGCGCUGCGGGGAGAAUCUGAUGGUGGUGUUACACAGAUUCUGCAUUAAUGAGAAGAUACUGCUACUUCAGACACUGGCCUGAGUGGA